GCAGUUCUCAGAGAGAGCCCGAGAGAUCGAGGCGCACAGAGACACAGCCUCAGAGAGAGGGAGGAGGAGGAGUGUGUGUUCAGGGAGGAGUUUCGAUUUCGAUCCAGCAGCGCAGGCACGAGUCAGAGGAGGAGGAGGAGGAGGCGGAGCAGCAAGCUCUUGAGCGGCCUGCCUGCUCGCAGAGUCGUCGCUAGCUCGCUUGCUCGCUGCUCUCUUACAGGCAGGCUCGGCUGCGGAGCGCUGUUUAGUUUCGUCAGCGAGGGGGAUCGUCUCGUACAUACGAUAUUAUUUGUAUGCGCCUCGGGAGGAGACGAUUUUUUGAACCCGUGAAGAUCAUACGACAGCCGGCAGGACUGAGUCCCAUUCACAGAGGCCGCGAAGAGAGAGAGACACACAGACAGAGAGAGAUUGAGAGGGAGACAGGGGGAGAGACAGAGACAGAGAGGCAGGCAGGCAGGCAGGCAGUCCGAUCCGCUCGCGCAGGACCAGCGGAGCUUCCAAGAUAUUCGACGACUCUCACGCGCUCGUGCAGUGGCCGGAGUUUUUGAAGAAGCAGAGGUCUGGGCUGUAGAAGGCCGAUCCCAGAGGGAAGCAGGCCUUCCCUUCUGAUUCAGCAUGGAUUCUCUGACAGGGGCAGGGUUGCGAGCCAGUUCAGCCGUCGCGGCGUCGACGUCUUCUUCCACAUUCUUCGCCCCGAAAACGUUUGCGAGGUUUAAGAAUCCGUCGACUUUGGACCGCAAGCUUUCUUUCGGCAAGGACGUCGGGACGACUUCAUCUCCUAGUCAGAGAUCUCAGCUGCCUAAGGUCUAUGCUGGUGUACAGGAGAUCUCGAAGGUUAAUGGCAGCAAGGUCAAGGGUGGCAAGGGGGAGGGUUCCGUGGUUGGCAGCACGAUGAUUGAAGAGGUCGAGCAGGCCGUCGUGGAUGUGGAGAGGACCUCUGGGGGUGAGAUGAGCUGCGAGUCCAACCCGACAUUCAAUGCCGUUCUCAAGGUUAUAGCCAGUGUAGCACUAGCUGCGGACAAACAUAGACGACAUGAGCAGCUGGCCGGGAAGGUGGAAGUGCCCGUGGAUGCGCUGAGGCAAGGCAGGCUUGUCGAGAGCGGGCGAGUCUACAGACAAACUUUCGUGAUCCGCUCCUAUGAAGUCGGCGUAGAUAAAACGGCUUCCAUUGACACUCUGAUGAACCACUUUCAGGAAACUGCUUUGAACCAUGUCUGGAUGUCGGGUUUGGCGGGAGAUGGAUUUGGUGCAACUCACGCCAUGAUUCGGAGCAAUCUCAUUUGGGUUGUCACCCGCAUGCAAGUCAAAAUCGAGCGGUACCCCACUUGGGGAGAUGUUGUGGAGAUCGAUACCUGGGUACUGGCAUCAGGCAAAAACGGGAUGCGAAGGGACUGGCUGAUCAGAGACUACAAAUCUGGUCAGAUAUUGGCUCGUGCCACAAGUACAUGGGUCAUGAUGAAUCAAAAAACGAGAAGGCUGUCGAAGAUGCCCGACGAAGUAAGGACGGAGAUCUCCCCACACUACUUGGAAAGGUCGGCAAUACUGGAAAAGAACUCCCAGAAGAUCGUGAGAUUGGACGACGAAGCCGCUGAAUACAUACGCUCUGGUCUUACGCCUCGUCGUGGCGACCUGGAUAUGAAUCAGCACGUUAACAACGUGAAGUACAUUGGCUGGAUGCUAGAGAGCCUGCCUGCUCCAAUUCUUGAAGGCCAUGAGUUGACUAACAUGACUCUGGAGUACCGGCGAGAGUGCAAUCAAUCUGAUGUGGUGCAGUCCAUGACUAGUCCCGAAUCACCGUCUUCUUCUUUGAGUGGUGCGUCACCGGAUACACAGUUUUCUUACUCCCCUGGCACCCUGGCGCUAACUCCAGAGAUGACAAAUUCUGCAGCAAGCAUAGGCCCCUUGCAGUACACCCACCUGCUGCGCUUGCAAGUUGACGGGUCAGAAAUUGUCCGAGGAAGAACAAUUUGGAGAUUAAAACAAUAUAGGCACUCCCACUCUCACGAUCACGAACAACAAUAGCGUUUCAUCGGUGGAAUGGUGUCAGUCACUCAGUGACAGCCUACCGAACUGUUUUCUUCUAGGACAUCGUGGGGGACGAAGCUGCCACUAUUGCGCAGCUCUCCUCCCUCAAGGGUACUAGGUGACGAGGUUUGUAGGAAAGAGGGUGAUAUGCCAUUGUACCAUCUCUCGGAAGAGUGAACUUGUAAAAUGAUGUGAAACAAUUCUUAGUCAACAGAUUGACACUGAGGGCUACCUCCAGCGCCUCUGAAACAGGAUACACGUAAGGAAAAAAAAUCCAGGCAUUUGAAAAUUACAACUGUAAGUAUUGUAUGAUUCAUUACAUAAAUAUCAACUUCAAAUUCUU